AUGCGGGAAACAUUUAUAUCAAUUCUCGCUCUUCUCGCCAUCGCCCCCUGCGCUAAAUGUUCCGACGUCGGCAAAGACGGGUUCAAUUUCUAUAAAGAUUACCUGCGUGCGCGGACUGAUGACGUCAUGUCUGAAGGGCCGGCGGCUGCGGAACGCAUGUUAUAUUUCUACCGCACUCCUUUGUCACUGUAUCCUGGUCUUCUCCCAGCAGUCGAGCAAGAAUAUAGGAAAAGAACGGGAAAUGCAUUCAAGAAUCACAUGUUAAGUAAGGAGCUUUGGGCAGGCGACAUGGGCAAGCGUGGCGCCAAGACUGCACUCUCGCUAAUCAUGCAAGGAAAACAUCCGUAUUAUGCUACUGAAAGUCCUCGGGGAGACAACAAUAUGGAGCCAGUAGAAUAGAACAAAGUAUAUAAUAUUGCAUAUAACUGUUAUAACCUCACUAGUCAAACAAUAUAUAGUAGUAACUAGUACAUUA